CUAAACUCAUGAGUGAAAUUCGUAAAUUAGAUAUAAAAUCUCUCAUGAUCCAAUUUGUAUUUCCACCAGACCAUCCAAAAAGAAAAUAGAAAAAAAGAUAAAUUAAACCUCAGCCAUCUGCGAACACACAGAAUCCUUUGAAUCGAGUUUUCGCAGUCCUAGACAAUACUGUAAUGGAAAACCAAAUUACCAUAAAAUGAACAAUCCUGGUGGCAUGAUUUGCCAGUGAUUAGAACAAAAUGCAUCUGAAUUCCCUCAUAAAUCCAACUUCUUACCUUCCAUUACCGUCAAACCGCACUACCACCUCUUUCAUUUUCAAUCACGGAAGAAAAAUAUCAAAGUCCAAUUGCAUUCGAAGCCAGUCCACACAGCAAAGGUGGACUCUUCAGGGGAUGACAGCUCUCGUCACUGGUGGAACUCGCGGAAUUGGGCGGGCCAUUGUGGAGGAAUUGACGGGGUUUGGAGCCAGAGUUCAUACCUGUGCCAGGAACGAACACGAGCUCACUGAAUGCCUGAAGAAAUGGAACGAUUCGAGCUUUGAGGUCACUGGCUCAGUUUGUGAUGUCUCAGUUCCAAAGCAGAGGGAGGCGCUCAUGGAGUCUGUUUCCUCUCUUUUCCACGGGAAACUCAACAUCCUUAUAAACAAUGUAGGGACAAACAUUCGGAAACCGGUGACAGACUUCACAAGUGCAGAGUUUUCCACUCUUAUUGAUACCAAUUUGGGAUCUGUCUUUCACAUAUGUCAACUUGCAUAUCCACUUUUGAAAGCAUCGGGAAUGGGAAGUGUUGUGUUUGUCUCUUCUGUUUCUGGUUUUGUCUCACUGAAGUCAAUGUCUGUUCAAGGAGCAACAAAAGGGGCAAUUAAUCAACUCACAAGAAAUCUAGCUUGUGAGUGGGCAAAAGACAAUAUAAGGAGUAAUGCAGUGGCACCUUGGUACAUCAGAACUUCAAUGGUAGAACAGGUGCUCAGCAACAAAGACUAUCUGGAAGAAGUUUACUCAAGAACUCCUCUUAGGCGCCUAGGAGAUCCAGCAGAAGUCUCUUCUAUUGUUGCGUUUCUUUGCCUACCAGCAUCAUCAUACAUCACUGGCCAGAUUAUUUGUAUUGAUGGAGGAAUGUCCGUGAAUGGUUUCUACCCAACAACGCAGUUCUAAGAGGUACUGCUUAUAUCAUGCACCCUCCUUACUAAUUUUCCUAUCCAUCGCCAUUCCUGUGGAGCAUGUGACAUGGUUUUCUACUUUUCCAAGCUUGCAAGAGUUAGUCCUCUCAACAACCCCUGCUACGCCCUUCCAAGGUUUUCGAAUUUGCAAAUGCAAUUAUUUUUGUUUACUAAACCACAAUGUACUGGUUGUGCUAUAAUGAGAUUUCCAAUAAUUUGUUUCCUUCAUUCUGGUAACUCUAUUCACUGAUCAACACGUUUCUCGUUUAAGCAAAGUUUUGACGAAACCUGUCUUUGAUUUGAAAUUGUUUGAUAGUUUCCAACCACUAGGUGUCUAUAGUCUCACUCAAUCUUUCUGUAACUCAUAGAUGAACUUUUUAUGAUAAGAAUUGAUCUUUGUAGCAUAAUUGUG